UGCUCUGUAAGCUGUAAAACCCUAAAAACCUACACUAAAUCUCUCAUUUCCUUCCUCUGCUAUGUUUCAGGGAGAAAAAGUUAGCGUAGUUAUUCUCCGGCAACUGUAAUUUCUUCUAAUUUUAUUCGCCGGGAAUGUCAUCGAGAGGCAUUUUUUCCCGUUUCCACCAGCUUCUCCCACACACUUCUUCUAAACCCACAUCUCAAUCUUUCUAUUUGAUCUUCAAGACGGGAUUCAGCACUUCUUCUUCUUUAGUUGAUGCCUCCUCCCAGAUCCAUGAAACGGGUCGGAUCAUUGAGGCAAAGCCCCGAGUCAUGACGCCCCAGUCGAAACGAACCGGAAUUAUUGCUCUCAAGUGUGGAAUGACCGCUCUUUGGGAUAAAUGGGGCGAGAAGCUUCCCACCACUGUUCUUUGGGUUGACGAUAAUAUAGUUACUCAGGUCAAGACUGUAGAGAAAGAAGGCCAUUUUUCUUUACAGAUUGGUUAUGGGAACAAGAAGGCGAAACAUUUGACUAAGCCUGAAGUUGGUCAUUUCAGAGCUCAUGAUGUUCCUUUGAAGAGAAAGUUGAGAGAAUUCCCUGUCUCUGAAGACGCUCUUCUCCCCGUUGGUACUCCCCUUGGUGUUCGUCAUUUCGUUCCUGGUCAAUUCGUUGAUAUCGCCGGGAUCACUAAAGGCAAAGGUUUUCAGGGUGUUAUGAAGAGACAUCAUUUUAAAGGAGGGCCAGCAAGUCAUGGUGCAUCAUUGUCUCAUCGAAGUGGUGGUUCUACUGGUCAGAGGGAUGCCCCUGGUAAGGUAUUCAAAGGUAGAAAGAUGGCUGGGCGGAUGGGUGGGGUGCAAAGGACGGUUAAAAACGUAUGGGUCUACAAAAUAGAUCCAGCAAGGAAUUUGAUGUGGGUGAGAGGCCAGGUUCCUGGUCCAGAAGGAAGUUUUGUGUUUAUAAAAGACGCGGUGUACAAGAAAGCAGAUAUAUCAUCACUGCCAUUCCCUACAUACCUUAGGGCUGAGGACGAGGAAGAAGAUGAUACAUCAGAAAUUCUGAGUGCUGAUCUUGGAGAGGUUGAUCCCUUUAUGGCUGCAGAUUAAUGUAGUGUUUGAUUUGAUUCAGUGGAAAUGGAAAAGGGAUAGGAAUUUUGUACGGAGAGGGAAAGUUAUAGUUUUGGUUGUUGCUCCAUCAUUUUCAUUUUAUUAACAUGUGAAGCCAACUAAAAUUAGCCAACUAAAUUUGGUUGGCCAUGUCAUCCCAUGUAUGAACUCAAAUUGAAAUUCUAAAUAUGUUUCAUGUCAAUAAAGUGAAUGGUGCUUUUGGGUCAUAA